AUGAAUAAUGUUGGUGUGGAACCGCAACUGCAAGAGGGAGAUUUCUAUGAAGAAGAAGAAGAAACAGUUGUGGCGGCGGUUAAGGAGCGAGAGAUCUGGCUUCAGAAUAAUAACCAUAGGAAUAAUAAUAAUAUGCAAGAUGAUGAUGAGGAUGAUCUGCUUGCCAGUGUAUUGGACGACGCUUCGCUGUUCUACGCCGACGAUGACUUCCCUUCUCUCCCAGAUUUCUCAUGCAUGUCAUCUUCUUCUUCUUCUUCAUCUUCACCGCCAGCAGCCACAGUCAAAACCGUCACGUGCGCUUCUUCCUCCUCCACCAAUACAUCGUCGUCUAAUUCCGCUGCUUCCUGGGCGAAUCUCCGGUCCGAUAAUGUAGGGCCUCCUCUCCCACCGCCACAGACACAGCCGCCGGCGUUAUCCUCCACUGCUUCUAUGGAGAUCCCGCAACCGCCAGAUCAUCAAGGCGGCAAUAACGGCGGCGGCGGAGGAGAUUGUCUGGAUAUGAUGGGCACUUUUGGGCAUAUGGAAUUCAUGGAGACCAACGAAUUCUUCGAUCCUUCAUCUAUGUUUGAAAAUGGAGAGAAUCUAUUAGACGAAUUGACACGGUUAGACCCGAAUCCACCGGAAGAGGGACAUGCAAGUGGUGAAAUGAUAGUACAGGAGGAGCAGCAACAGCAAGAGCAGCAUCAACCGCCGCCAUUGCCAGAGACGGCGGCUACGGACGAAGAGAUGAGCUCGGUGUUCUUGGAGUGGCUAAGGAUGAACAAGGACAGCGUGUCGGCUAGUGAUUUGAGGAACGUGAGGCUGAAAAAGGCGACAAUAGAAUGUGCAGCUAAGCGUCUUGGUGGAGGAAAAGAAGGCAUGAAGCAGUUACUGAAGUUAAUUCUGGAAUGGGUUCAGACCAGCCAUCUUCAGAAGAAAAGACGGAUUAUCGAAAAUCAGGAUGAUGACAAUUUUCUCAUGACUCAAGUUCAGGACACCGCAAACCCUAGCUCUCAUAAUCUGAACCACCAGCUUUCAUUUGGACCGGAAUGGAUCUUUCAGCCGCCUUACGGCGUUGAUCCUGCUGCGGCUCCUGCAGCGGCCCCGCCGUCAUUUCCCCAACCACUGGUUGGGUAUAAUAAUAACAAUAACAACCUGGGAGACCCGUUUUCAAAUGGAGCUUCAAGUGAAUUUCACGUGCUGGAUUCUUCUCAGUCAUGGCCUCAUUCUCAGUUCACUGUCUACAACAACCAGCCAUAUGGGGAAAAUAAUUUACACCCGACGACAAUGACGCCGUUAGCGGCAGCGGCAUUUGGUGGUUAUGGGAAUCAGUUUCCAUAUCAUCCAUAUUUUCACGGCACCGGCCCGGAUAGAUUGGGUCCUUUGGCGACCAAAGAAGCGAGGAAGAAGAGAAUGGCGAGGCAGAGACGGCAUUCAUCUCACCAUAGGCAUCACAAUGUCCAAGACCAACAAAACCAGCAGAAUCAAAGUAGCGAUUAUUGCACAGCUGCUACAGUAGCCCCGCAUGCAAAUCCGCCGAACUGGUUGUAUUGGCCACCGGUGGCCACGUCCGGCAGUGGAGCUGCUUCUGUUGCGCCAAUGGCUCAGCCGGAGCCACCGUCGACAGCGAGAAAUGCAGGGGAUCGGACCGCGGUGCAGUCUCACCAGAAUUAUCAACAUACCCGGGUCUCAUCAGAUAAACGACAGGGAUGGAAGCCUGAGAAGAACUUGAAGUUCCUUCUGCAGAAGGUGUUAAAGCAAAGCGACGUGGGUAAUCUGGGGAGGAUAGUGCUGCCAAAGAAAGAAGCAGAAAGUCAUUUGCCAGAACUGGAGGAAAGAGAUGGAAUUUCUAUAGCAAUGGAAGACAUUGGAACUUCUCGUGUUUGGAACAUGCGCUACAGAUACUGGCCGAACAACAAAAGCAGGAUGUAUCUACUUGAGAAUACUGGAGACUUUGUGAGAGCUAACGGACUUCAAGAAGGAGACUUCAUAGUGAUAUAUUCAGAUGUAAAAUGCGGCAAAUAUAUGAUAAGGGGUGUGAAAGUGAGGCAAGCAGGAGCGAGAGUGGAGACAAAGAAAGGCGCAGCAGGAAAAAACCAGAAGGCUAAUUAUGGCUCUCCAUCAUCACCCAAGAAGAUGAACGAGAAAAAGCAAUAA